AUGGGCAAGACAAGUCGGAACCGACCAAUUACAAUUAGAACAUUUGAUCUUACACUUUCUCCCUCUUGUCAGCUUCUUCUUCUACCUCUAUUGAAUUCGUUCGUAGCUUCCGUCAGAACUCACCAAUGGCAUCCAUGAGUUUCGCCUUGACUCGCUUCUCUGGGCUCUCUUCUAAAACCACCUUAUCACCCGACUUCGAUCACUCCUCUCGCCGCCGGAACAUUCUACCUCCGAACAGAGUUGGACUUAAGAUCUCUUCCUCUUCCUCUGAGCCUGAUCUAAGUGUCACCGUAAACGGUCUAAAAAUGCCGAAUCCUUUCGUGAUCGGGUCGGGUCCACCCGGUACCAACUACACCGUCAUGAAGAGAGCCUUCGACGAAGGCUGGGGUGGCGUCAUCGCCAAAACCGUGUCACUAGAUGCAUCCAAAGUAAUCAACGUAACGCCUCGAUACGCUCGGCUAAAAACCGGAUCCAACGGGUCAGCCAAAGCAGAUGUGAUCGGGUGGCAGAACAUAGAACUCAUCAGUGACCGACCUCUCGAAACCAUGCUCAAAGAGUUCAAACAGCUCAAGCAAGAGUACCCUGAUCGUAUCCUCAUCGCUUCCAUCAUGGAGGAAUACAGCAAAACCGGCUGGGAAGAGCUUAUCGACCGCGUUGAGCAAACCGGUGUUGAUGCUUUGGAGAUCAACUUCUCGUGUCCUCAUGGUAUGCCAGAGCGCAGAAUGGGAGCUGCUGUGGGACAAGACUGUGCGCUUCUUGAAGAGGUUUGCGGUUGGAUUAAUGCUAAAGCUACUGUUCCUGUUUGGGCUAAGAUGACUCCUAAUAUCACUGACAUAACUGAGCCGGCUAGGGUAUCUUUAAAAUCCGGAUGUGAGGGCAUUUCAGCGAUCAAUACAAUCAUGAGUGUGAUGGGAAUUGAUCUGAAGACACUGCAUCCGGAGCCAUGCGUUGAAGGUUACUCAACUCCGGGAGGCUACUCUUAUAAGGCUGUUCGACCAAUCGCGCUUGCGAAAGUGAUGAACAUUGCGCAAAUGAUCAAGUCUGAGUUCGGUGAGAAAGAUUGCUCGCUUUCUGGUAUUGGAGGUGUUGAAACUGGCUAUGACGCAGCUGAGUUCAUUCUGCUAGGAUCAAAUACUGUUCAGGUAUGCACUGGUGUGAUGGUGCAUGGCUAUGGUCAUGUGAAAACCCUAUGCGCCGAGCUUCAAGAUUUCAUGAAACAACACAACUUCUCGACAAUAGAAGACUUCAGAGGGCAUUCGCUUCAGUACUUUACAACACACACGGAUUUAGUCAGGAGACAGAAAGAAGCUAUUGAGCAGAGAAAAGCCGAGAGGAGAGGCUUGAAAUCUGAUAAAGAUUGGACCGGAGACGGGUUCGUGAAGGAGACUGAAAGUAUGGUUUCUAACUAACUUUCUCAAGUUGCAACAACCAUAUCGCAAAGGCUUCUUCUUUACUUUCGUUUUACAUCGCUUUCUUAAGGUUGACUUGAAAAGAAAAAAAAACUUUCAUUGUAUCUUAUUUUCUUCUCGUUUGGUAUCAUUUGUAUAUUAUGUACUAUGUGAUCAAUGUCUGAUGUAUGAUCUAUUCGCUGCCACCA